AUGAGCUCAGAACUUCUGAAGAGAGAUGGUAAUCCUGCUGCUUCUGGGAAAAAAAGAUCUAAGAGGAAGCCUAAGAGAAAGGAAGUGUUUUCAGUCUACAUUUACAAAGUACUGAAGCAGGUGCACCCUGACCUCGCCAUCUCCUCCAAGGCCAUGAGCAUCAUGAACUCCUUUGUCAAUGACAUGUUUGAGCACCUGGCCUCGGAGGCCUCACGCCUGGCCCAGUACAGCCACCGUGCCACCAUCACCAGCCGGGAGGUGCAGACGGCAGUCAGGCUCCUGCUGCCCGGCGAGCUGGCCAAGCACGCCGUCUCCGAGGGCACCAAGGCCGUCAGCAAGUACACCAGCAGCAAGUGA